UGUCAUCUUGGGAAGGACUUGAGCUUAAAUUCUAGAAACUAAACCUUUGAUGUUAGCUUUCCUUCAAGUCCAAGAAUAUAUAUCAUCUGUAAAAAAAACCUGAAAACAUGCCUGCUAUUUGUCAGUCACGUGUUAGGCUGUGGGAUUACAAGGACAACAGAACUGGGCCCGAGGUUUUUGGCAUCGAUGGGAGCCUUUAUAGAAACAAGUGCAAGUAGAAUGCUUCCAGUUUUCAGUAAUUGGUGAAAUAGCAACUUGCUUUAUUUAAUCAACAUGAUGUUUUAGCUUGAUUGUACUUGAGAGGUUUUUAUAAACUGACUAAAAAAGCCCCUUGUGCCACGCCCCUGAUCUGCAGCUUCGGGAGGCCGGUGGACCUGGAGAAGGACGACUACCAGAAGGUGGUGUGCAACAACGAGCACUGCCCCCACAGCAGCUGGAUGCACCUGCAGUGCUUCUACGAGUGGGAGAGCAGCAUCCUGGUCCAGUUCAACUGCAUCGGCCGGGCCCGCAGCUGGAACGAGAAGCAGUGCCGCCAGAACAUGUGGACCAAGAAGGGCUACGACCUGGCCUUCCGCUUCUGCUCCUGCCGCUGUGGACAGGGCCACUUGAAGAAGGACACGGACUGGUACCAGGUGAAGCGGAUGCAGGACGAGAAGAAGAAGAAGUCAGGGUCGGAGAAGAACACAGGGAGGCCUCCCGGCGAGGUGGUGGAGGAGGCUAAAAAGUGCAGGCCCCCGAACAAGCCCCAGAAAGGCCUGAACCAUGACCUCCCCCGCCGGCAUUCCAUGGACCGGCAGAACUCCCAAGAGAAGGCGGUCAGCGCUGGGGCCUACGGGGGCCGCUCCCCCUGCGGCUCCCCUGGCCAGUCCCCGCCCACCGGCUAUUCCAUCCUCUCCCCUGCCCACUUCAGCGGCCCCCGCUCCUCCAGAUAUCUUGGGGAAUUCUUAAAGAACGCCAUCCAUCUUGAGCCUCACAAAAAGGCCAUGGCCGGGGGCCAUGUGUUCCGAAAUGCCCACUUUGAUUACAGUCCGGGCGGGUUAUCAGUUCACAGGGGCGGCCACUUUGACACUCCCGUUCAGUUCCUGCGGCGGCUGGACCUCUCUGAGCUCCUCACCCACAUCCCCAGGCAUAAGUUGAACACUUUCCACGUGCGGAUGGAAGACGAUGCCCAAAUGGGCCAGGGCGAGGAUCUGCGCAAGUUCAUUCUUGCGGCCCUCAGUGCCAGCCACAGAAACAUUGUAAACUGUGCCCUAUGCCACCGGGCGCUCCCGGUGUUCGAACAGUUCCCACUGGUGGACGGAACUCUGUUCCUAAGCCCAUCGAGACACGAUGAGAUUGAAUAUGAUGUUCCUUGUCACCUUCAAGGGAGACUCAUGCACCUGUACGCAGUGUGCGUGGACUGCCUGGAGGGGGUUCACAAGAUCAUCUGCAUCAAGUGUAAGUCGCGGUGGGACGGCAGCUGGCACCAGCUGGGCACCAUGUAUACCUACGACAUCCUGGCCGCCUCUCCGUGCUGUCAGGCCCGGCUGAACUGUAAGCACUGCGGGAAGCCAGUGAUCGACGUGCGGAUCGGGAUGCAGUACUUCUCCGAGUACAGCAACGUCCAGCAGUGUCCACACUGUGGCAACCUGGACUACCAUUUUGUGAAGCCAUUUUCCUCCUUUAAAGUUCUGGAAGCUUAUUGAUGAAAGCUUUGUUUUGGUAAUAGCUAUUUUAUCGAUACUAUUACUUUGUUACAUAUCUUUUCUAGGGAAACAUUCUGUGAUGUUAAUUUCUUUUCUAACUUAAAGGAAAAGUUCCUUUGUGUACGUGGUCACUGAAAUGGGCUGCCCCGGCCCUCCCCUGACUCCCAAGUGUUGGUCUGUGGUCCUGGCCAGAGCCCAGUGGGCAGUCCUGUGAGUUGGCGUAUUGGUUCCCUAUCACAAAGAGUCUCUCUUGCAGCGUUUAAGGUGGUGGGGAGGAUGGGCGGAGUUUAAGAAAGGAAUUAUGUGGUUCUAAACAAAGAGUUUGGUAGGAUUUGGGAGCACACUCUUCUUACUCAAAGUCAACCAUUUCAAGACCCGCUUUAGAUCUUCUCUGGGCCGUGGGAAGACUUGUGACAGGUGAAUGUAACUCUGUGCCUGGAGCUGAUGGUGUGUCAGCCCAUCUUGUUUCACUUCUGCAGCGCACUUUGACGUGCAGUUUACACUCACUGACAGUUUAUUUGAAAGUUAACAUGAGGGCUAUUUCCAUCACUCUUCUAGUUUCUUAGUCAGUUUUCAUACUGAAGAUAAUAUCCAAAUUAUGAGACAUAUGAGAGCUAUUGGUAUUGCACAUAUUUUUCGGGAAGCUGACCUAUAGCAGAGAGAAUAUACUAAGUGAAUUUGAUGCACAUGGAUUUAAGAGGACAGAAAGGUAGAACACUGUGAUUUGAAUUUGGUCACAUUAGCUCCCAAGGAGAAUCCAUGAAUAAUAACAUGAUUUGGGCAGCCCUGAUAUAUGCAGGUUGCACUGUCGAAAUGCCACUUCAUGUCAGACCCUUCUCACAGGUAAAUCUCAGCCACAGACCUCACUGGUGAGUUUGGGAACCACUCAUGGCCACACUUCUCUUCCCCAAAAUUGCUGACAGCAAUGUUUUACCCCUUUAAUGCUGAGUUUCUAAAAUAAAAAAUUUGGCCUUAGGGAGGAAAGGAAAACAUUAUUUGUGAGGGUAUGAGGAAAAGAAUAAUUUUAAUAUUUCUGUUUUAAGUGUAUUUCAUUUUGGAAAAAUCACUGAAUUUAAGGUAUAACAAUAUGUUUGAAAGUAGAUCAUUUGGAAGAUCUCUAUGAUACUGUACCAUUGGUGAAAAAAAAGAUGAUACUUAUGUCUUUAUUUUGUCAGAGCAUUGGUCUUUCAACAUACAGCUUUCUGCUUAUUAGAUAUUGGUGAUUUAAUUAGACAUACAUCCUACACCCUUAUAGGAUUGGAAUAUUGCACAAAAAUCAAUUUGAUAAUUUCAAAUAUAUAUAUGCUAAUUGAAAGCUUAAAAUAAAAUUAUUUUAUGGGAGUUAUGUGAGCAUUUGUAUUACUCACUUGGUUUAUACCAUUUUCUCCCCUCAGAUAAACAGUUGUUUUUCCUCUCAGAAGUGUUCAGGCAUUAUUGCAAGUGAGCUUCAGUUCUACAUGGAACAUUGAUGUUUUGUUUGAAACAACACAGCCUUAAAAAGAACCCACAUGUUAAUAGUCUUCAUCUUUCAGUUUGGAUGAUUGUAAUUCAGCUUACCGCAUCUGGUUUGGUGUUUGAUGAUCUGAAAAGUGUUUCACAGUGGGGGAACUGCUCAAUGCCAGUAAGAAGCAGAAAAUCGUCAUUGGUCUGACAGUAUUUGAUGCAACUGCAACAGGUCUAUUUUGCAACAUAACCUUUGCAAAUUUGUCUGUAAUACACAGAACUAUAAUUGUGGGUUAACUGUUUCCCUGUUGAUUCUCUCAUAUACCCAACACAAAAGUUUCUCUUGUCUUUUGAGCACCAUUUGGCUUUUACCUCUGAAUUUAAAAUGAAUAGUAAAGUAUUUGUAAUGCUGUUCUUUAACCCACCUAAAUUUUUGUAGAGAAACCUGCUAGUAUUAUUCUCAAACUUAAAGUUUAUGUAUAGAUUCCAUUUAGCAAGUUCCUCGGUCUAAAACUGCUCUGAGCAUAGUGUCUACUGCAUUCAGUAUUUUCUCCUUAUACCACUUUCUACUUCCUAAAAAAUAAGUAUGACAUAAUUAGGUAAAACUUGCUUUUGACCUUUGUUUUGAUGAAAAAGGAUCCUAUGGAUGCUGCAGUUACACAAAAGGAGAGGCAUAGAUAGGUAUCAUAUCUGAGGAUAUCUUUGGCCUUCAAGGCAUUGCAUUCCUGUCUAAAAUGGAAAAUUUGGUUGAUUUGAGAAUAAAAUAUAAUAGAUUAUACAAUAUACAGAAUAAAACUUAUUUUGGAAACCUGCUGACCUUAAUAUUUUCCCCAUGUUUUCUCAAACUACUUUGCUCUGAGUACCUUGAUGGAAAUUGGAAUAUGUCAAAAAAGGUGAUUAUUUUUGUUGUGGUUUGGAUAUUAAAAGGUACUAGUCACCCAGGAGAUCCAUCUUCUGUUUUUCUGAUGAAUAGUGCUCAAUAGUCUGAAUCACUCAUAGUGACUUAUAAUUUCAAAGCAAUUUGUUAUCUGCUCUAACUUUUUUAUCACUUAUUUUUAAGAGUUAUACACCUUGAACAAAUACAGUUACCUAGUUUAGUUUAGUGAGGAAACUAUUUCUGAUGGUCUCAUCAUUCUCUUCAGACCAGCUCAGUUCUCCACUUUCUUAUAGUUGCAUCUGCAGCACUUAAUAUACUGGGUUUAUACCUGAAAAGAGAUAUUGGCAUGAAAGUGGGGAGUUAGGUCAGUUAUUCCAUUCUAAUUAAGAAAGAGCUUUCUCCAGUCUUUAUUUUAAUUUUUG